AUGCGACGUGCAGUGGAAUGGCGACGACAUCGCAAAAUGAUCUUACAAUUUCUUCCCGUAUCUAUUCUCUACUCGUGUGGUUAUCUCCCAUUUGGAUUUCUCCAAUGUUAUCAAGCAAUAAAUGGUCCAACACCUCUUAUACCGACUGAUGCUGUUAUCUUUUACUCUACGGUAAGAAAGAGUGGUUCAUGGACACAGAACAGUGGUAGUACACAAGGUGGUACUAUGCUUUGGAUCUAUGGUAAUCGAUUUGCACAAAGCGGUUUCAAUACAGUACCUUCAACAACGAACACCAAUGUCGUUCAAUUAGUCGAUGGUUAUUCAGUUUAUAAUUGUACAAUGCACGAAGACAAAGUGACUAAUACACAAUUGACAUGUUAUACACCCAAAAUGUCUAAAGGUGUUUAUCAAAUUCGAGUCUAUGUAAAUGGUAAUUUGAUUCCACUCUAUCAAUAUUAUGAUCCAAAGAGAGCGACAUUUUUACCAAUGUCAAGUCAAACACCAACCAUUACAGGAAUUACACCAUUGACAGCAACACCACGUUCAUUGAUAUCACUUUUGGGUUCAUUCAAAUCACCAUGUUUUUCGCGUGAUAUGGAUGGCUGUUCUCAAGAUAACAAUCCACUUAUCUCUCGGUAA